GGGCUCUCUGCGCUCGACCACGCGGGUCGAGUUGGGCAUCAUGGCCAUGAAGGUCGACCCAUUCAGCCGACCGUCGAUGUUUCCCGAUGCGGUCGAAUGGAAGGCACAACUGGAAGCCAUGAAGGCUGCUCGCCGUGCAGAGGAGCUAGCGCAACAGCAGCGGGAGGCAGAGCAAGACGCCCUGGUGAAAUCCUGGCAAGUGGAGGUGGAGCAAAUGAAGGUGGAGAGAAACUCUGCAGUGCAAAAGGCUGAGGAGGCCGAGGAACAUGCGAGGCGCCAGGUGCAGGAUUACCACUGGGCGACAGCAAAGCAGCUCCAAGAAUUGGAGGAGCGCAUCACCCAGCUGCAAUCCCUUCUGAACGAGGAACGUUCGGCCCACGCAGUAGAGCUUGCACAUCAAGCUGACCUAGUUGCGCAGGUCCGUCGUGAGGCCGACAUGCAGAUCAGGGAGGCAGAACACAGACAUCGCGCAGAGCUGGCUGCAGAGCAGGAACGUGUCAGAGAAGCGCAUGAGAUGGUCGAACUGAUACAGGAACGUGCCAACAAAGAUGUGACGGCGGCCCGUGCCCGGGAGGAAGCCAGGAUUGCCAAGAUCCGCUCACAAGCCGAGACUCGAACGCGUGAGCUGGAGAAGAAGAUGCGGGAAGAAGCCAGCAUGAGGGACCACCAUCUCAUUGAGCGGCAGCGCUUGAUGGAGGAAGCACUGUAUGCCCAUGGCCAGGAGAAGGCUGAUGCCAUUCGAUCCGCUCAGCGGCAUUUGGCCGCCAUGGAGCAGGAGCUGCAACUGUCCAACGACCAGCGUGACUUGCUCUUUGCUCAGAAGGAGGAACGGCUCAAAGAGGUGGAGGAGACAUCCAAGAGAAACACCGAGGAGAUGGUGAAGCAUCACAAGGAGCUGCUGGACUUGGAAAGAGCUCUGCAUGCCAGGACCAUGGAGCGGACCAUGGAUCGCGUGGUGCAACACCUGAAGCUGACGCCUGAGCAGCAGCUUGAUGUCGCCCCGCCGCCAUAGAGGCUCUGGCUUCGUUGAAUGGGCCCUUGGAGCACAGCUCAGCCAAGCUGAGCCAAGCUGAGAACAUCCCCGGACAAGAAGUCAGGGAAUUGCCAUGCGUUGCGUGGCCGGACCAGCACAAUGGGCUUGGCUG